UGCACUCAAAGCAAGUCAAGCUUUGUGAUGGACUGCCAGGCUGUCACACAAGGCACCAGAAUUAUCCUGCGCUCGAUGAUCGUGGUUAAAUAGAACCCUACACCAUGCCAACCCUCCCGUUUCUCGGCACCAGCAUAUCCUAACAAACCCGGGCUUACCAAAAUGGGUCUCGUGAAAGUCCUCCUCAAAGCAAUCCUCAUUCCCCUCGCCCUAUUCGCCCUCAUAAUCGGUAUCGCGAUCUACAUGUUCAUACGCCAUCGAAACCGCAAGAAGGAAGACAAAGCACUCGAGAGUUCCCAAUACGGGUUCCAACCACCUCAAAUCCAACAAUGGGGGACUGGGCCGCAGCCGUCGUCGCCGUUUGUUCCAGUUCAGAAGCCGGAGGCUGUGGUGUAUCCGGUGCAGUAUCCGGCGGCGGUAACGCAAUAUUCGGCUGAUGCAGGGAGACAGGUCUGAUUAUUGAUUUGGAAAACAGUUAAGCAAUGGCAUUUCUUUAUUCGAACGGUUUUUGUUAUUCAGCCAUUUAUUUUUGUUUUCGUCGACGACAAUUUAAGUCUAGCGACAUACACUAUUCUACGAC